AUGUCCACCGACGAAUCCAAGACCCGCGCCGACGCCCUCAAAGCCCAAGGCAACGAGCACUACAAAGCCCGCCGGUUCGACGAAGCGCGCGCGGCGUACGAACAGGCAUGGGAGACGCACAAGGACAUCACGUACCUCAACAACCUCGCGGCGGUCUACUUUGAGCAGGGAGAGUACGACAAGGCUAUCGAGACGUGCGAGAAGGCGGUCGACGAGGGGCGAGAGACGCGCGCGGAUUUCAAGCUCAUCGCAAAGGCCCUCGGUCGCAUCGGCACCUCAUACAUGCGCAAAGACGACUACGACUCAGCGAUCAAGUACCUCCAGAAAUCCCUCCUCGAACACCGCACGCCCGACAUCCUCUCGAAACUGAAAGAAGCCGAGCGCACGAAAUCCGAGCGCGACCGACUCGCGUACAUCGAUCCGGCCAAAGCCGAUGCCGCUCGCGAAGAGGGCAACGUCGCGUUCAAGGCGGGAGAUUACGUGACGAGCGUUACGCAUUAUUCGGAGAGCAUCAAGAGGAACCCGGAGGACCCGAGGGGGUACACCAAUCGCGCGGCGGCGUAUACCAAGUUGAUGGCCCUUCCGGAGGCGCUCAAGGACGCCGAGAAGGCCAUCGAGGUCGACCCCAAGUUUGUCAAGGGCUACAUCCGCAAAUCGAACGUCCUCUACGCGAUGAAGGACUUUGACAAGGCGUACGCCGCGAUCGAAGAGGCCAUGGAGAAAGACGAAUCCAAUGCUCACACGAAAGAAAUCUCCCAACAAUUCUCCAAAGUCACCCAGGCACUCUCCUCCUCUCGCGCCGGCGAGACCGACGAGCAAACCUACGCACGAGCGAUGCGCGACCCGGAGGUCCAGCAAAUCAUGUCGGACCCGGUGUUCCAGAGUAUUUUGCAGCAGGCGCAGCAGGACCCGAAGAGUCUCCAGCAGCAUAUGAUGCAGAAUGAGGGGGUUAGGAAGAAGGUUGAGGUGCUUGUUAGGGCGGGAAUCAUCAAGACCGGCCCGCGAUAA